AUGGAGGCGUUAUUGGAGCAGCAAUCUGAGCUCCGCGGACGCAUCUCUCGCGUCGUCGCGAACCUCAAGAAGACCGGUGUCGCGAACCUGACCGUCGAUCACGUCCAAGCGGCCUUGGCCAUUUUGGAAAAGCGAUGGGCAAAGUUCGAGGAGAACCACGAUAAGCUCGGGCUUGCUCACGGAAAGGAGUUAAGGAAAACCGAGUACUAUACGAGCGACCAUGCCGAAGAGGUGGAGAUGCUCUACACCAGCCAACGAGCUGCAUUAAUGGACCUGGGGCGGUCGUUGAAGGCAAAGACCGAAGCAAAUGUUUCGACGACGGUCAGGGCCGAAAGCACGCAGCGAGCCCCGCUUCCUCGGCUCGAGCUCCCAACGUUCUCCGGCAGGUUCGAGGACUGGCCGGUAUUCCGUGAUCUAUUCGACUCCAUCGUCGGUCAGGAUCCGCAUCUGUCCGACGUCCAAAGGCUCCACUAUCUAAAGACGAGGGUCAAGGGAGGAGCGGAACAGCUUCUGAGGGGCUUGCCCUCGACGGACGCAAAUUAUGAACGUGCGUGGUCAACCUUGAAAGGUCACUAUGAGAAAAAAAGAUUGUUAGUCAAGGCUUAUUUGUCCGCGAUUACAUCGUUGCCCAAAAUGAAAGCGGACUGCGUAGCCGACCUGCGACGGAUCUACCAUGGCAUGGUAGCGUCCACCCAAGCUUUGGAAGGUAUCGGUGAGCCCGUUUCCAAUACCACUCACUUGCUCGUGCAUCUCAUGGUGGAGUUGCUCGACGCGGGUACAAGACGUGAGUGGGAAAAUUCCAUCGCGAAAAAAAGCGACCCGCCGUCGUUUGACGAGUUCAAGGACUUCCUCGAGGAACAGUUUGUGACGCACGAGUCGCUGCGGUCUGUCAAGGGGGAGUCCUCCUCGGGAAAAUCCGCUCAUCACACCGGGAGGCAGAGCGGAGGCUCCGAGCGCAGCUGCGUGGUGUGCAAGCAGAAUCACUUUAUUAUGAACUGCGAGAAGUUUCGUCGGAAACCUGCAAAGGAGCGGUUGGAGGUAGUGACCGCCAAUCGACUGUGCAUCAACUGCAUGGGACGACAUCAGGUGAGCGCGUGCUCUUCGCCGAAGGCGUGUGCUAGGUGCGCCGCGCGCCACAACACACUCCUACAUGACGCGUACGAGGCGGCUCCGGGAGCCGUUGUUGCACCUUCGCCGUCGAUGCAUGCCGCGCGGCACCCUCACUUCGAGCCCCCGCAGACGCUUCUCGCCACCGCGCGCGUUCUGGUGACGGAUCGAUUCGGAACUUUACACGCGGUUCGAGCCCUCAUGGAUCCGGGAUCAGAGACUUCGUUGAUCACAGAAGCGCUGACCCAACGCCUGCGACUGCCGCGGACACCGGCGUCCGUGGCAAUUUACGGAGUGGGCGGGUUGAGGUCGGGGGUGUCGCGGGGACGAGUCGCGAUGAAUCUGACCUCGCGCGUUGGAGACGCGGUGUUUGCCAUCUCCGCCUUGGUGAUGCCAAGACUCUCGAUCUACGGUGGUUCCGUGGAAGCUAACUCCAGCGGAUGGUCGCACAUCCGCGGCCUUGAUCUCGCUGAUCCUGACUUCAGUUCUACGGACCCAGUCGAGCUGCUGCUCGGUGUCGAUGUCUACGCCAAGGUGGCACGACCAGGCAUGCGGCUGGGAGGUGAUGAGGAACCAAUCGCGCAGCAGACCGCUCUAGGAUGGAUCAUCAUGGGUCCGGUAAGCUCUUGUCAGGUGACCACAGCCUUGACUUCGUUGCAGUGCUCCGCUGUUGACGAUCUGAACGCAUUAGUGCGUCGAUUUUGGGAACUGGAGGAACCACCGCAAGCGACACUCCCCCUGUCUCCGGACGACGCGGCUUGCGAGGAGCAUUACUUGCAGUCGCAUUCACGGGACGCCUCGGGACGUUACGUCGUCCGACUCGCGACUCGUUCGACUCUGCCGGAUUUACGUGACACGCGAUUCACCGCGCUGCGAGUGUUGCAGGCGAACGAGCACCGCUUCCGGAAGGAAGUCGCUCUUCGUGAUGCGUACUCACAGUUCCUGGCUGAGUAUCUUGAGCUUGGCCACAUGACGCCGGCGCCUCCCUUACCGGCGGAUUGUUCACGCGCCUGUUUCCUGCCCCAUCACGGAGUAUGGAAGGGCGACGGCGAGGAGGCUAGGAUCCGCGUCGUGUUCAACGGCUUCUCACGGACAUCCUCUGGUACCUCCUUAAAUGGCGAACUUCUUGCAGGACCGAAUUUGUUGCCGACGCUCUGCGCUGGCGUAAACACCACUCGAGACCGCGAGCUGCGCGAACAGCUGACUCAGUUGUGUUUGGCGGGCGGCUUCCGCUUGCGCAAGUGGGUCGCCAACAAGGAAGACCUGCUGCGCGACAUCCCCGCUGAGCACCGGUCGUUACUGCCGUCGACGGUCGCGUUGACGUCGGAGGAGCACGACGUCCUGGGGAUACGUUGGCUUCCCGCUGAGAACAGCUUUGCUCCAACUGUCAAGAGCAUGACAGAGGAGCUGGUCACCAAGCGCACGGUGUUGAGGCAAACCGCGCGUCUCUUCGACCCGCUGGGCUGGCUCGCCCCGGUCGUAAUAAAUGCUAAACUUCUCAUUCAGGCGGCCUGGCUACGGCGAUUUGACUGGGAUGCUCCCCUUGCUGCAGACGACGUGGAGUGCUGGCGACGGUUGCGGACGGAGCUGCCCGUCCUGGAGGAGAUCCGCAUCCCGCGCUGGUCACGUGCGGAUUCUCCGGGCGCGCUUAUUGAGAUGCACGGUUUCGCCGAUGCGUCGGAACGCGCCUACGGAGCGGUCUUAUACCUCCGCACAAUCGCGGACGGCAGGGCGUGGCUGACGCUGCUGAUCGCCAAGACGCAAGUCGCGCCGCUCAGGCAGGUCUCCCUUCCGCGACUGGAGCUUUGCGCGGCUGCUCUGUUGGCUCGGAUCGCGGCUCACACCGCUUCCGUCCUGGCCCUGGAUGGAGCGGCGAUUCACCUUUGGACGGACUCCACAGUCGUUCUGGGAUGGCUUCAGGGACAUCCCACGCGAUGGACAACCUUCGUGGCUAACAGGGUCGCCGAGGUUCAGGGAGCACUGCCGGACGCGCACUGGCAUCACGUGCCGGGGCGGAUCAAUCCGGCCGAUUGUGCAUCACGGGGAAUGUCACCCCUGGAGCUGCGAGUGCAUGAGCUCUGGUGGCAAGGACCUCAGUACCUGUGGGCGAGCUCUGCGGCUUGGCCGGCCGAGACAGCAGUGGCCUUGAGUCGUGGGCUGCCUGAGCAGCGAGCUUCUCGGGUCCACAUCGCUUGCGAGGAGCAAGAGCCGGAGGAGCUGACUCGCUUCUCCUCGUUGCGCCGUUCGCUUCGGGUAACCGCCUGGAUGCGCCGCUGGGUGACGUUGGCAACUUCGCGUGCCGACUUGACGCGGGGGGCGGUGCUCUCGGCUACUGAGCUGGCAGACGCUCGGGCCAUGUGGAUCCGAUGCGCGCAGAGGAUUGCCUUCCGGGACGAGAUUAAGGCUCUGUCGAGAGGGCGUAUCGAGCGCUCUCAAGGUCCACUCCGGUUGCUGAGUCCGUUUCUCGACGACAAGGGACUGCUGCGCGUGGGUGGCCGACUGAAGCACGCGCUGUUGAAUGCUGACCAGCGUCAUCCCAUAAUACUUCCGCGGGGCUCGCAUCUCACCUAUCUGGUGGUCGCGGACGAGCACGGCCGUGUGCUUCAUGGAGGCACCCAAUUAACUCUCGCAUCGCUGCGUCGGAGGUACUGGGUACUACGAGGUCGGCAAUUGGUGAAGCACUACAUUCAUCGUUGUCUUCCAUGCUUGCGAUGGCGGGCGGCGAAUCCCCAACCACGGAUGGGCAACCUCCCACGAGCCAGAGUCGUUCCAAGUCGACCGUUCACUCAUACGGGCUUAGAUUACGCUGGACCGAUCCUCCUGCGUACCACGAAAGGUCGAGGUCACAGGGCCUACAAGGCCUUUGUGGCAGUCUUUGUUUGUUUCAGUUCGCGAGCCGUCCACCUCGAGGUCGUUAGCGACUACACAGCUGAUGCCUUUCUUGCAGCGUUCCGGCGCUUCGUGUCUCGCAGAGGAUUGUGCUUGCACCUGUACAGUGACUGCGGAACUAACUUCGUGGGCGCGGAUCGACAGCUGCGUGGUCUUUUGGGAAUGGCGAGCGAGAGUAGCCGGAGUAUCAUAGGAAAGCUAGCGGAGGAGGGUGUGGAGUGGCACUUCAACCCUCCCGCUGACCCCCACUUUGGGGGCCUCUGGGAAGCUGCGGUCAAGGCCUUCAAACACCAUCUGCGCCGAGUCAUCGGCGAGUCAACACUGACUUACGAGGAGAUGGCUACGUUUUUGGCCGAAGUAGAGGCGUGUCUCAACUCUCGACCGUUGCAGGCGCUUUCGGACGACGCCGACGAAUUGGAUGUGUUGACGCCGGGCCAUUUUCUCGUUGGCGCUCCGUUGAAGGCUAUCCCCGAACCGGCACUGACGAGGAUUCCCCCCAGUAAGCUGACACGCUGGAAGCUACUCCAGCAAAUGAGGGAUCAUCUUUGGCAGCGGUGGUCGCAGGAAUACCUCCAGGCGCUGACCCCUCGACCAAGGUGGUGGCGUGCGGAAGGUGGCCUGAAGGAGGGUCAGCUUUGCCUGCUGAAGCAGGAAACAACGCCACCGACGCGGUGGCCCUUGGUGCGUGUCACGCGUCUCCACCCGGGUGAUGAUGGCGAGGUGCGGGUCGUGACCGUUCGGGGAGCUACAGGGGAGCUUCGGCGGCCAGUUAUCAAGCUCGUCCCUCUUCCGACGGACGAGGAGAGUACGCAGCGCCAUGCCUAG